CGCUCAGUGGAGCUCAGUAAGGAAGAUGCAGACAGAGAGAUAGCAGGUGGUGUUCAGGUCUUCAGCGCUCUGAAGGAGUCUGUUGAGAGAAGCCAGGCCGAGCUCAUCGACACGAUCAAAGAGAAGCAGAGAGAGACAGAGAAACAGGCUGAAGGCUUCAUCAAAGAGCUGGAACAGGAAAUCUCUGAGCUGAAGAAGAGAAGCUCUGAGGUGGAGCAGCUCUCACGCUCUGAAGACCACCUCCACCUCCUCCAAAGACUCCCGUCCCUGAACGCUGCUCCAACCAUGAAGGACUGGACAGAAGUCAGCGUCCGUCCACCUUCAUAUGAGGGGACUGUGAGGAGAGCUGUGAAUCAGCUGGAGGAGACGCUCAGUAAACAGAUGAAGAAGCUGCUUGAGGCCGAGCUGAAGAGGGUCCAGCAGUAUGCAGUGGAUGUGACACUCGAUCCUGAUACAGCAAAUCCCUAUCUCAUCCUGUCUGAUGAUGAAAAACAAGUACAUGAUAGUGAUAUAAAGAAGAAUCUCCCAGACAACCCAGAGAGAUUUGAUACUUGUGCCUGUGUCUUAGCAAAGCAGAGCUUCUCUUCAGGAAGAUUUUACUACGAGGUUCAGGUUAAAGGGAAGACUAAGUGGACUUUAGGAGUGGCCAGAGAGUCGAUCAACAGGAAGGGACAAAUCACAGUGAGUCCUCAGGAUGGUUAUUGGACAAUAUGGUUGAGGAAUAAAAAUGAGUACAAAGCUCUUGCUGACCCUUCAGUCCGUCUCUCUCUGAAGUUUCUGCCUGAGAAGGUGGGGGUGUUUGUGGAUUAUGAGGAGGGUCUGGUCUCCUUUUAUGACGUUGAUGCUGCAGCUCUUAUCUACUCCUUUACUGGCUGCUGCUUCACUGAGAAACUCUACCCAUACUUUAGUCCUUGUAAUAACGAUGGUGGUAAAAACUCUGCCCCUCUGAUCAUCUCUCCUGUCAAUCACACUGAGUAGAACAACCAUUUCAUUUUCUACAUUUAAUGUAAUAAAUGUAUAUUUGUCUUUGCAGAUUCUGAUCAAUGCGUGUUUACUCCUUUCUUUUCUUUGUGUCACGUUACUACUACUGUAUUGGAACCAGUUUAUAGGCUUAUUUUGUAUGUUCUUAGCACCAUCUAGUGGUCAUUGCAAAAGCUGCUCUGAAGAGGAAGUAAGCUAAUUGCAAAUAGUCAGGAUGACAGGAAGUAGUGUUUAGGAACUUCCUUUUCCACAUGGGCUCUUAGAGGAAACAUCACAGUUAACAAUCCAAACAAUCCUGUGUCUUAAAGUCCACCAAACGGCUUCAUCCGUAAGUCAUCUUCAAUAUACAGUGGUAUUAACAUGUUAUUAUU